AUGUACAUUCCAACCCACCUCCCCCUCCUCGUCCUCUCCCUCUUCAUCCCCGUCAUCACCUCCUCCCCCGUCCUCGCAACCCGCGACGCAUCCACCGUCAAAACCGACCUUGCCAAAAUAGCAACGGACUUAAACACCCUGACCACGGCCGUAAACGGUUUUACUGGCGGCCUGACCGCGGCGCUGGCAAUUCAGACAAAGGAACAGGCCGUGGAGAAUGACAUCGACAAAGCCACCACGGACACCAACGCUGCGUCGGCGUUCACGAGCACCGAGAGUAGCGCCAUCACGACGGCGUUGCUUGGUUUGGAACCGAACAUUGAUUCUUCGUUGGGUGCUUUGGUUUCGAAGAAAUCCCUCUUCGUCUCCGCCGGCGUCGGCAGUAUCGUGCAACUCGAUCUUCAGAAUCUCAAGACCAAGACAGACACCCUGUCAACCGCCUUGCAGAAAAAGGUAACUGCCGCGGAUAAGGCGACUAUUUCGUCGAAGACCGUGGAGUUGGAUGCGGCGUUUGAGAGCGCACUUGCGGCGUUUUCUUGA